GAUGUCCCUUCGGUCGAAACAGAGUAGUUCACGUAUCACCCUCCAAGUUGGUUGUAGUUUGUUCUAUCGGGUCAGGAGUGGAGGUGAAGAACUCUUGGCAUUAAAAAGGAGUUAACUUCAGUGCCAUCCAUUCUCUAUUUCCACCGCUAGUGCCUAACAGUUCAUGAGGAUGGGGAUUAGACGCUUCUUCUUUCCAGCUUCUAUGAAGAUAGGACUCGCCUUUCUGGUCAGUUUGAUUGCGUUCGUCGGUAUCUGCGCCGCGCGUUCAGAUGCUCCUCGAGGAGUCGCGGUACCAUUCGUUUUUGACCCCAGAGCAAUUUGCAACCCUUCAUGCAAGCACGCAGGGAUCUGCAUCAGAAACAACACUUGUUUCUGCUCGCGGGGUUACGAGGGAGAGACCUGCCAGUAUGCAAAUUGCUAUCCUAAAUGCAAGAAUGGGGGAGAGUGCCUCCGCCCAGGGAAAUGCAGAUGCCCUCCUGGAUUUGGGGGGAAAUAUUGUCAUAAAGUGACUUGUGAUGGCGGGUGCUGGAAUGGAGGGGAUUGUAUUGCUGUCAAUGGAGUAGCCAAAUGCAUUUGCCCCUCAAGCUGGACUGGCUCUAAAUGCCAAGAAGCAAUUUGCCCCCAGGGGUGCAGGAAUGAGGGCAGCUGUGUGGCCCCAGGAAUCUGCAGCUGUCCAGAGGGCUGGCUGGGGGGAGCCUGCCACACUGCUGUGUGCAGUCAUCCCUGUCUGAACGGGGGGAAGUGUGUGUCUCCUGAAACAUGCCGCUGCCGCCCACCUUUCUCCGGAAAGCGUUGUGAGAAGAAGAAAAAGGUGUUCUAAACCACACUAAACACAGGUUCAAAAAUGUCUGUGGACCAUUAUUCACUCUAAACUGGUUCAUUCGAUGGUGCUACUCAUUUCUUUUGUACUGUAAGUUAACUGUUUUUUUAGUUAAUGCUACUUUAAGCUAAUUUGAACUGUACAAAUGUAUGUGUGCAAUUUCAUAAAUAAAAAAGUGUGUUCGUUUCUGUUGUUGCUAAAACUACAGUACGAGUUUACAACAAUCCAUUGUUCAAAAUAA